AUGAGUGAAUCACAAAGUUCAACUCAGGAUCCCGAGAAAGAUCAGUCUGUCACACGCACGCAAAGUGCCAAAGGCGGAGAUACACCAGAGACUAGUCUCGUCAAUAUCUUGGUCGUUUCUACUGCAUGCCUAGGAGGAUUUUUAUAUGGCUUUGCGGCCAACGCUCUAUCUGGGUCCCUCUCCCAAACAACCUUCAUUGCAAAGUUCCUAUCAACGCCUGAUGCAACAUCUCGACAAGAUGGUAUGCUUGGAGGUUUCCUCGGAGGCGCCCUGGUUGGGGCUAUCUUGCAGGCACCCCUAUCCAAUAAGUUCGGCCGCCGAAUUGCCAACGCGGUUGCCGCCCUCAUCGUCAUUAUCUCAGGUGCUUUGCAGGCUGGUGCCGUCGAUGCUACCAUGUUCAUCGUUGCGCGUGUCAUUUGCGGCAUCGGAGCGGGUAUGGUAUUCUCGAAUACCCCCGUGUAUAUGAGUGAAAUUUCGCCUCCGCAUACACGUGGAAUGCUAGUCGGUCUGCACGGCGUCGGAACGGUGGUAGCAUAUACCCUGGCUGCUGUUUGUGCGCUGGCCUUCAGUUUUGUCACCACUCAAAUGCAGUGGCGGUUUAUCUUCAUUGUUCUGACCGCUGUGGGUGUUAUCUACUUGGUGACACUUUACUUCAUACCCGAGUCACCUCGAUGGCUCAUGCAACAGGGACGCGAUGACGAGGCUAAACAGGUCUUGCAGUAUCUGCAUCGUACCAAACGAGAUCCUAGAGCUGCUUUUGCCCAUGCUGAGGCAGUACAAAUCAAGGCUCAGGUCGACGCAGAGAAGAAUACCCCCAGCGGCUAUCUCUAUAUUAUGCGCACGGCGUCUCAUCGCAAGCGCGCUCUUUGCUCCAUCUUGCUGUGGACUAUGGGACAGGGAACGGGUAUCACUGCCAUCGCCAAUUUGAUUCCCACGCUGAUGGGCGCGCUGGGCUUUGGUACCACAAUGCAACUUGGGCUUGGCGUUGUGUGGACCGUGUGUGCGGUAAUUGGUUGUGGAAUUAAUGUUUUUCUCCUGGACAGAGUUGGACGAGUCAAACUGUUGGUUAUCGGCGGGUUUGGCUCCGCUGCUAUCAUCAGUGUCAUGGCCGCUCUCGAAAAGUUCUACCUCAAAACAACCUAUACACCCGGCAUCAACGGCGCCGUGGCCAUAUAUUUCAUCUUCGGUGCCUUCUUCACCUCCACGAUUGAAUGUACCGCAUACGUUUAUGGUUCGGAAAUUUGGCCGACGCACCUGCGCAGCGAGGGAGCAACGAUUGCAUUGGUCAGUUUCUUUGGAAAUGCGGUUGCAUACAGCGCGCCUGUUACACUCGCUCUCGCCAAUAUUGGAUGGAAGUUCUAUAUGGUUUUUGUUGCUGUCACUGUUGCAAGUACUAUUGUCAUCAUGUUCUAUUUCCCCGAGACCAUGGGGUCGAGUCUUGAGGAAAUCAAUGGCAAGUUCGGCGACAAGGUCGAGGUGGAGCUUCUGGAUGCGCUUGGUGUUGAGGAUACCAGUUCGCAAGGCACAGUCUGA